AAAUUAUUGUAGGGUUACUCCAAAGUAUAUAUUGGUGCUUACGUGCUGACGUUAAGUUGUUUGUCGCUUGCUUGCGCAGACACUAUUUUUAGGCUUACUUGAUUUUUAGGGUUUCAACAAUCUGAAGAAAUGGCGGAUGAGGCUGCUAAGGCUGGGAUCGUGAAAAAGAGAACGUUCAAGAAGUUUGCCUUCAGAGGAGUCGAUCUCGAUGCUCUUCUCGACAUGUCUACUGAUGAUCUUGUCAAGCUCUUCAGUUCCCGUAUUCGCAGAAGGUUCUCUAGAGGGUUGACGAGAAAGCCUAUGGCUUUGAUCAAGAAAUUGCGAAAAGCAAAAAGGGAUGCACCAGCUGGUGAAAAGCCAGAAGCAGUGAGAACUCACUUAAGGAACAUGAUCAUAGUGCCAGAAAUGAUUGGAAGCAUCAUUGGUGUAUACAAUGGAAAGACAUUUAACCAAGUCGAAGUCAAGCCUGAGAUGAUUGGUCAUUACUUGGCUGAGUUUUCAAUCUCAUAUAAGCCUGUUAAGCAUGGUAGGCCUGGUGUUGGUGCCACCAAUUCCUCCAGGUUUAUCCCUCUCAAGUGAAUGAUCUCACUCUUCUUAGAGUCAUGUGUUAUGCUCCAAAAUAAGACUGUCGUUGGUUUUUUUCUUGAUAACGUUUUAUCUUUGUUUCUCUAAUUCCUUUUAGUUUUAGUCUAGAACAAUUCUUCAUGCGUUUCAAUAAUACAGAGCAUUUUUUUAAAUAUCAACAGUUUGGUCUGUUUAUUAAGUAGU